CGCAUGCGCACUCCCUUAACCUACAUUAAACAAUUCUAGGUGGGCAUCUUGCGCUGGUGUUCGGCAAAAUAUCGACUGAUUCACGUAGGCUAAUUGAUCACAUCAUCACCAUGGCGUCCAGUGGAUAUGUGCAGGUAGCGGUGCUGCUUCUGGCGGUGCAGCUCCUCUGUCUCCGUGCAGCUGAUGCGGAUCAGGAGACUGGAACUGUCAUUCCUGCCGAAAGCCGCCCAUGUGUGGACUGUCAUGCAUUUGAGUUUAUGCAGCGGGCACUGCAAGAUCUAAAGAAGACCGCGUUUAACCUUGAUGCCAGGACCGAGACGCUGGUGCUGAGGGCAGAGCGGAGGGCUCUGUGUGACUGUAUGCCCACCAACUCACUGCGCUGAGUCACACCCCGACACACUGACAACAACCCUGUUCUAAACCUCUACUCCUGCACAGCGAUUUUCAUCUUAACUUAUUCAGACAAUAGGCACUUUAUUUUAUUUUCUAUCAUAUCACUGUUGAGUGAAGCUUUGAUUUGACAUCAUGCAUCAGAAGGCAUGUUAUUGUUUUUGCCUUAUUCGGGACGACUUUUAUACCACUGAUGUUUUACAUCGUGAAACACAUGCCUUCGGAGUUUGUUUUCAUCGUCAUAGGAUUUGGGUCAGUUCUCAUCUGUCUCCAAUGAAGCAGCUAUUUUUUUGUACUUUUUAGUAUUUGACUGUAUAAUGUAGAUACAGUAGAAUGCAUCGAUACAUUUCCUUGUUGAAUGUGUUGUAUGAGAUUAAUGUUUACGACGAUUAUACACAUCAAACUGUAGCAUCACGUGGAAUUUAUUUAACUGCUCAAAAAUAUUUCAAUAACAGUUUAAAAUAAUUAAACUAGCUUUAGGAAUCAGGCAAAUUUCACUGAUUUAAAGGAAUUGAUUUGCAGCCUGGCUUCUUUUGCAAAAAGGUUGGGUAACUUGUUUUUCUUUGUUAUAACCAUGAAGAUUUUUUUUUGAAAAGGAAUUAGCAGAAAGAAAUAUUACCAGAUGUUCAAACAAUAUUUUCAGACUUUCUUUUUUAGGCAGAAAAAGCGUACUACUUGUAGGUCUUAAUUUAGCGCCGCACUGUAGCAUGAAAUUACAGCACUUUUUGUUAACCUACUGUUAAUGUAGAUUGUAUGUAUAGAUGCUGUAUAUGUACACGGGUCUUCUCUGUCUGACAAAGGUGUAUGCAAGAAUAGUGAUGAACAAUAUAGUAUCGUAAGGGAACGCAAUGUCGACAGGGGAAGGGAGGACAGAUAGAGGAAGCUGGCUACAGCAGGAGACAUAGAGAUAGAAAUAAUAAUUGUCUUAUUGUUGCUUGUUCAUGAACAGUGUACUUUGUUAACAUUAUGUCACAAGACACACUAUUUAUUGUCUUAAUGUUAUACCUAUAAAUAAAAACAAUGAAUAAUUUUU